CCUACGCAACCACGCUCUCAUAUAUAUAUUUACAUGUUUCCCGCAGCUGAGGCCACUCUAUUUCUUCCCUCUGGCUCAAUCAAAAAUCUAGUCCUCGAGUUCACAAAACAGAGCCCGGAAUCGAGCAGUACGCACUGCCAAGGCAUUUGACCGGUGUGCGUUGGCAGUUCCAAGCCAACAUGCCGCGAAAAGCCUACCUCUCAGAUCUCCAGCGACUCAGCAAAGACUCUGGCAUCCAAGGCAUAUCCAGCGUUCGUGCAGGCGAUGAAGACGGCGAGCUUCGCUUCUCCAUCACACCUGUUGGCGAGAAGGUCAGUUAUGAGAUUUCAGCCUUGAUACCGGACGUCUCGGAGUAUCCUUCCGGUCACGAGUAUCACCUCUUUGGCGAUGAUGCCGCACCCUCGUAUGUCGGUGAGCUCUUGAGCAACCUCCCAAAUACUAUGGGACUGCCUCUUGCAGACCUUCUUGACGUUGUUUGUCGCGCCUUUGCAGAGAGCCAGGAUGGCGACGCGCUUAUGCACGACUCUCAGUAUGACGGAGGCUACUCGGAAGAUGACGACGAUCAGGACGCCGGAUUCUCGGAGGACGAGAUGUUUGGCAGUAUCAACCAGCAAACAUCGGCGCAGUUAUCUUCUACAUCAGGCUUUGCGACAGCCUCGAUUAACUCGGCCAAGCUAGGCGACCGAAUACGUUCUGAUUUGAGGGAGGCGAAAUCAGCGGGCUUCAAAGUCGGUCACCAAGGUCCGCUUCUGGAGGGACAAAAUGCCUAUGUUAGCAUUUCCAUCCGCAUGUCGAAGCUUGGCAUCUCGGAAGAGGCUAUGCAAGCAUGGCAACUUGAGCCUUCAUCCUAUCUGAUCUUGCUUAUUCAGUAUCCCGACGGUUACCAGUCACUGCAGGAUAUUCAGGGAUACGAUGCUGCGGGUGUACGGAAGGUCAUCUCUUUCCGUGUAGGAAUGAGCAGCCAGUACAAGCCAACCUUGCAAGAAGCGAUUCAAGCGUUCACCAAGCUGUCGGUAGAGGAAGAGGCUAAGCACCGGCGGCAGCAGAUUGAACAAGCAAAAACGGAUUAUCGCUCCCAGAGUUUUCGAGAAACGUUCAUCUCGCGUCCUCUCAACGACUUGCUUAACGACAGGUUAGCGACCAUCCUGAAGUACAGACUUAUCGGAAUGCAUUGGACUGGGGCAGAGGAAUUCUACAACGACUUCCAGGGUAAAGCAUUUACAAUGACUGGCCUCGACUAUAUGGACAACAAGUACAUGAACGAAGAGCUAGGCCAUCCGGCCUAUCCUCGUAUCGUGACAUCUGAUCACCUCAUUGAUUCUAAGCCGGGGUUCCCGCAUUCGCUUCCUUUACUGGCGAUGCAGUUCUUACUUCGGCACUUUGUGCGAUGCACAGAGUUUUGUUUGGUUUGCCACUGCAAAUUGAACGACAAUUUGGAAGCGCUGAAGCCCUACGUGUGCGAUAAGCCGCUUUGUCUUUAUCAAUACAUGUCACUCGGUUUUGGCCCCUCAAUUGAGCAUGAAAUCAUCUCCCAGCCCUAUGUGGUGGACUUACUCAUCAGCUUCUGCUAUCAUAGUGCGCAAGGAGGAAAGCUCGGCAUGUUUCCCGACGGCUUAAGUCUCCUUGUGCCUCCUCCUCAACUCUUCUCAAACUUCGCCACCAGUACUGUAGGCUACUAUGCAAGCCAUCGCAACCCACAGCAGCCUACACCAGCUAUUACUCCCAGCCCCGAACAGCUACAAGGAUACAAGGCUAGGCUAAAUCGCGAGAAGUCUGAGAUGAUUUUUGAAAAAGGCACAUCUCUUCCCUUGAAGGUGGGCGAUUGGAUCUGCUUCAGCCUACCCGGUCCAGACGGCUUGGAUAUUUGGAAACAUUGUAGAGUGAGCGAGACACAAUUUUUUCCCGUGAUUAAAGUCACAAAACCUAUUUCGAAAUUCGUCCCAGAAACCGGAACUUCAUUGAAAGCACAGAGCCCGAGCACUAGCGCGCCGAAAUCUAGAAAGCAAUCGACAGUCGAUGAGAUAAUCUUUUAUAAGUACGACACUAAUUUCGACAAUUUGACUGAGGGCCAGAAACGUGGUGCCAUAGUUGCCCAGUUAGAAUUACUUCCUCCUGUCACGGAGUUAAAAGAGUACCUACUCAGCAAUCGAACCGCUACCCUCGCUAAUUGGACGGAGAGGAUAUCACCAACUGCUUGCGGAAUUCUUCGGUGGAUCAUUGCUUCCAAUCGAGCUUGUAUUGUGGAAGUCGAUAAACCAGACCAAACUAAUGUUGUCCAAGAUGAACGAGUUCGGGGAAUGGAAGGUUGGAUGCAGUUUAGGUUUGCAAUGGGCGCGCCGGACAAAGAGCGCCGAUUCAUUAACGAGAUGCAGAAAACGCAGUCCAGGCUCAAUCUUACCCAUCCAACCAUCUUUGCAUGGCAUGGCUCGCCAAUCCAAAACUGGCAUAGCAUUAUUCGAGAAGGUCUUCACUUCCGUGAGAUCUCACAUGGGCGUGCAUAUGGCAAUGGCUGUUAUCAUUCUUUAGACUACCACACUUCGUUCAGCUAUUCAAGCAACUACCACAAUUACUCAGCCGGCCAAAGCGCCGCCAAUACAUGGCCUGCUUCAGCACUCAAGAUAACUUCUGCGAUGGCGCUUAACGAAAUCGUAAACGCCCCUGCGGAGUUUGUCAGCCGAAACCCUCAUCUAGUUGUUGCCCAACUUGAUUGGAUACAGACACGGUAUUUGUUCGUGCAAGUAUCUAGCGAACUUAAGUUCUCUGAUCAUGGCACACCCAGCGAAGUGUUCCCGCAGGACCCCAACAUGACACCGACUGGAAUCAAGGGGAAGGUCGUGAUACCAAUGUCCACCAUGCCAAAGUCAAGAUGUACAAGGUUCGAGCACGGUCGAAGAAGCAGGAAAGUGCGACCAUCGGGCACAGCCGCUGACCCUAUCGCUCUUGACGGUGAUAACAGCGAUGCCACAAGCAUAGACACUGAUGUUGAAGACAUAAACAUAUUGAUUGAGAACGACGAAGACUUUGUGGCUGCGGCCAUCCAAGAAAGUGCUUCCUCACAGUCCAGUCUAUCAAAGGGCAAGAGCAAGCUCUCCGGACUCUUCAAUAGCCUGAAGCCGAAGUUGUCGUCAAAAUCCUCCUUUUCUCCAAAGCCAUUGACCGAUUUCGAGCCCGGCUCACUCGACUACAACACACUACCACUGCUUGCCGAGCCAGCAUUUGCCACCCCUUCAGCAUCGAGGCGCUUGCAGAAAGACUUCCAGGCUCUAUUAAAGGUUCAGAACUCCACACCACUACACGAGCUUGGCUGGUACACGAACCCGGAGCAGUUCAACAACAUGUACCAAUGGAUCAUCGAGCUCCAUUCCUUUGAGUCAACGCUGCCGUUGGCGAAACAAAUGAAAGAGAGGGGCAUAAUGAGUGUUGUGAUGGAAAUGCGUUUCGGUCCAGACUAUCCAAUGUCCCCUCCCUUUAUCCGUGUCAUUAAGCCGCGGUUCCUAAGUUUCAUGGCCGGUGGAGGAGGACACGUUACGGCCGGCGGCUCCAUCUGUAUGGAGCUUUUGACGAACAGCGGAUGGAGUGCUGUUUCGUCCAUAGAAUCUGUUCUGUUGCAGGUUCGUCUGGCCAUCUCAAGCACAGAGCCGCGGCCGGCGCAGCUCGAACCUCCCGGAAGAACCGAGUAUGGAAUCGGCGAGGCCAUCGAGGCGUACGUUCGCGCUUGCAACGCACAUGGGUGGCGUCUACCAGACAACUUUAAACAGAUAGCUCUUGGCGGCCAGGAGUCAACUGGCAGCAAAUAUUACUGAAAGGUUACGCGAAAGCUGAAACCAUCUGAUACGUGCUUCUUCAAACAUGCCAUGGUUGAUAGUAAGGUUUUCCAUAGGCUGACAAUCUCACUCAAUUUUGGACGACGGUCUUCGUGGGGUCAACAUCUGGCAAUUUUUUAAUUCGCACAAAUGUGGAUACAAUUCUAUACAAAUAAAAAAGCGUGAACCUGAUUUAGG